CAUCCGGGCAGAAGAACCUCUCCACCCGUGGGUUAGGAGGCCACCAGCAAACCAGCAAACAGCGGGUCACGUGUGGGCGCGACCAUCGAGUCAGUCCUCCAACAUCCCAGAGAGGCCUCGGAAGUGCCCCCUGCGGCGCGGGUCUUUCCGGCCCGACAGUUCGCGCUUUUGUCCCGCCGGCGGCCGGGCUCCCGCAGCGCCGCCACAGCCAGUACUGUCAAAUUUAAAGACAAGCAUGGAGGAUGAAGAAUCAGCUAAGAAGAAUGAAAAUCAUUCAAAUUCAGACUCUCAGUGCCCAGAUGUGGAAAUUUUUCAAAAGGAUCAUAUGAAGAAAUCUAAGAUUGGUGACACUUGUGAUUGGGUAGAGAAGCAAUUGAAAAGGCCUGAAUGGAAAAUCAUUAAGGAAGACAAAACUUGCAUCAGAGAAAAGAUUGACAAAUCUAAGAACACAGCAAAUAUAAAAAUAGAGCCGGAUGAGGAGGCAUUUGAGAAAAGUUUCUACCCAAGUGCAAAUUCCAUGUACCAGACUAACCCUACAGAAGCAAAAAGUACUGAACAAGGUGAACACAUGGAGAACAGUAAUGGAAACUUGCACCCUGUCCCACAGCAGAAUGCUCCUGCUGUUAAGAAAUCACAUAAGUGUGAUGAGUGUGGAAAAUCCUUCAAAUACAAUUCUCGCCUUGUUCAACAUAAAAUUAUGCACACUGGAGAAAAGCGCUAUGAGUGUGACGACUGUAGGGGAACGUUCCGUAGCAGCUCCAGCCUUCGCGUCCAUAAGCGCAUCCAUACUGGUGAGAAGCCCUACAAGUGUGACGAGUGUGGGAAGGCCUACAUGUCCUACUCUAGCCUGAUCAACCACAAAAGCACACAUUCUGGGGAGAAGAACUGCAAAUGUGAUGAGUGUGGAAAAUCCUUCAACUACAGUUCUGUUCUAGACCAGCAUAAAAGGAUCCACACCGGAGAGAAGCCCUAUGAAUGUGGUGAGUGUGGAAAGGCCUUCAGGAACAGUUCUGGUCUGAGAGUCCACAAAAGGAUCCACACAGGGGAGAAGCCCUACGAAUGCGACAUCUGUGGGAAAACCUUCAGUAAUAGCUCUGGCCUGAGGGUCCACAAGCGGAUCCAUACAGGUGAGAAACCCUAUGAGUGUGAUGAAUGUGGUAAGGCCUUCAUUACUUGCAGGACGCUUCUAAAUCAUAAAAGCAUCCACUUUGGCGAUAAACCUUAUAAAUGUGACGAGUGUGAGAAAUCUUUUAAUUAUAGCUCUCUCCUCAUUCAACAUAAAGUCAUCCACACUGGUGAGAAGCCUUAUGAAUGUGAUGAAUGUGGGAAGGCCUUUAGGAAUAGCUCGGGUCUCAUAGUGCAUAAAAGGAUCCAUACAGGAGAGAAACCUUACAAGUGUGAUAUCUGUGGCAAAGCGUUCAGCUAUAGUUCAGGCCUUGCAGUCCAUAAAAGCAUUCAUCCUGGAAAGAAAGCCCAUGAAUGUAAGGAGUGUGGCAAGUCCUUUAGUUAUAACUCACUACUUCUUCAGCAUAAGACCAUUCACACUGGAGAGAGACCUUAUGUAUGUGAUGUUUGUAGCAAAACGUUCAGAAACAAUUCAGGCCUCAAAGUCCACCAGAGGCUCCAUACUGGCGAAAAACCGUAUGAGUGUGAUGUGUGCGGGAAGGCCUAUAUCUCACGCUCAAGCCUUAAAAAUCACAAGGGAAUCCACAUGGGGGAGAAGCCCUAUAAAUGCAGCUAUUGUGAGAAAUCCUUCAACUACAGCUCUGCCCUUGAGCAGCAUAAAAGGAUUCAUACAAGGGAAAAACCCUUUGGGUGUGAUGAGUGUGGAAAAGCCUUCAGAAACAAUUCAGGCCUUAAAGUACAUAAACGAAUUCACACAGGGGAGAGACCUUACAAAUGUGAAGAAUGUGGAAAAGCCUACAUCUCACUCUCAAGCCUUAUAAAUCAUAAAAGUGUACACCCUGGGGAAAAGCCCUUUAAAUGUGAUGAGUGUGAGAAAGCCUUCAUCACAUACCGAACCCUUCUAAACCACAAAAAAAUUCAUCUUGGAGAAAAGCCCUUCAAAUGCGAUGUGUGUGAGAAAUCUUUUAACUACACCUCACUUCUUUCUCAACACAAAAGAGUUCAUACUAGAGAGAAACCCUUUGAAUGUGACAGGUGUGAAAAGGUCUUCAGAAACAACUCAAGCCUUAAAGUUCAUAAAAGAAUACACACUGGGGAGAAACCCUAUGAGUGUGACGUGUGUGGAAAAGCCUACAUCUCACACUCAAGCCUUAUUAACCAUAAAAGUACACAUCCUGGCAAGACACCCUAUACAUGUGAUGAAUGUGGAAAAGCAUUUUUCUCAAGCAGAACUCUUAUAAGCCAUAAAAGAGUCCAUCUUGGGGAAAAACCCUUCAAGUGUGUUGAGUGUGGGAAAUCAUUUAGCUACAGCUCACUUCUUUCCCAACACAAGAGGAUCCACACAGGGGAGAAACCGUAUGUAUGUGAUUGGUGUGGGAAGGCGUUCAGGAACAGCUCAGGCCUCACGGUGCACAAAAGGAUCCAUACGGGCGAAAAACCCUAUGGAUGUGAUGAGUGUGGAAAGGCGUACAUUUCACACUCAAGUCUUAUCAAUCAUAAAAGUGUCCAUCGUGGGAAGCAGCCCUAUAAUUGUGAGUGUGGGAAGUCUUUCAAUUACAGAUCUGUCCUUGACCAACACAAAAGGAUCCACACUGGAAAGAAGCCAUAUCGAUGUAAUGAUUGUGGAAAGAUGUUCAAUAUCAGAUCAAAUCUUACCAAGCAUAAAAGAAUCCAUACUGGAGAGGAAUCUUUAACUAUGGCAAAUAUGGAAAGCCAUAGUGGCACCUUCCAGAAGAUAAUCUACUAUGAGGGAGGAAAUGCUCUGGAUGGAACCAGGAUGCAGAUGCCUAUGUGGGAGGCAGAUCCUACCAAGUCUCAAAGAUAUCAAAUAGAAGAAAAACUUUAUGAAUAUAAGAAUUUUUGAAGUCCUUCAUCAUGGCUUAUAAUUUUCAUAGUGUAAAUGGAAGAAUCCUAAGUGAUAAUGAACAGUUCUUUCUACAUGAUUCAGUCAUAGCAAGAACAGUUCUAGUGUCAUAUUAGUUGAGCCCUUUAGGAAUAUAAAAUACCACUAAAUAUAAAACUUUCUGAUGGAACAUUUAAAAAAUGUAGACACAUUUCUGGAUAUAAAACAUGAAGGUAAAGGACUUCUUUUAGAGAUCGUAUUCACUAUAAAGAUCUUAUUUGGAUAAAUAAGUGAACAAGCAUGUAGAAAGUCUGGUAUAAUUUUGAACUCUACUUUGGUCAGUGGAAAAAAAAAGAUCCAAGAAGGGCCUCCAACAGGCAGAUUCAGGGAGAGAAUUGCUUCAGGGAAUAUCAGUUUAUUAGUGGAUGUGGAUUAUAGACUUAAAAAUAAUGGUUUGUAGUAGGGAGAUGACAAUUUCUGAAACAAUUCAGAUGUUCUAGGAAAAGAAAAGGCAUAGUCAAGUCUGUGACAUACUUUAAAAUGAAGAUUAGUUAGAAUAUACUAUUACACUAAUUGAAGAUAAGACUUUUAGAGUUUCAGAUAAACUCCCUUAAUAAUUGAUGUAUAUGAUAAGUGAAAACCUGGAAGGUGGCAUUCAUACAAACUAAAUUAAUGGAAAGGAUCUCAGUAAUGAAACACCUGUAAUUUGCACCUUACAGAAAAAUUCAGGGAAUCCUGUGAAUAAAAGUUUCUUCAAAGGAAGGCAUUUUAUUGUGAGCUAAGUAAGUACCAGGAAUUAAGAGGAAACUCAUGUUCUAAAACAAUGUUUAAGUGUCUGUUUCAGAAAGUGUUGUAAAGAUUUCAUGUACUACAUGUGUAUAUUGUCUGUUGUAAAAUAGGACUGUGUUCAGAACUCACUUUGCUAUAAAAGCCAGAUAGUUAUGGUAAGGUAAGGCAAAACUCCAAUAAAGAAAUGCCUCAAGUGUAAA